UUUGAGCCGACAUUUCGUGCAGAAGAAGCUUGCAGGAGAAAAGGGAGAAGAAAAGAUUUCUGUUUAUGAGUUAAAUCUCUAUAUGUUAAUUGACAGAUUUCUCGGUUUCAUUGUCCUGCAGAAAUCCUGUUACUCAGUGAAACUAUAGGCACUGCUUAGUUGCAUUGGUUGUAGGGCUGUUUUUUAGCAGUCAGUAUGGCGGUAGUCAUCAGGCUGCAGGGUCUGCCCAUAGUGGCCGGCACCAUGGACAUCAGACACUUCUUCUCUGGCCUCACCAUUCCUGACGGUGGAGUGCACAUCGUCGGAGGUGAACACGGUGAAGCCUUCAUCGUGUUUGCCACCGAUGAGGAUGCUCGACAAGGGAUGAUGCGAACGGGUGGGUCCAUCAAAGGCUCCAAAGUGUCACUGUUGCUUAGUAGCAAGACAGAAAUGCAGAACAUGAUUGAACUUAGCCGCCGUAGAUUUGAAGCUGGAGCAGGAGGUGUAGAAAUAGCUGCACCCCCAGCAGGAAAUGCUAACAGACAAGGAAGUGCAGCCUCCAUGCCACCUGUCCAGUCAGGGGCAGGAGGACGCUCUGGUAGCCACGGAAAUCAGGGUUUCAGCAACACCCCGGCCUCAGUGACCGCAGUGAGCUCAUCUCAAGAACAAACGAGCAGCAAAGCAGCAGCAACCUUAGCCAACGUGGUGCCAAGUUUCCCCAAUAGCUACAGCUCAACCCCUACAAUCACCACAGCUCUGACGUCACUCGGUGCAGGUCCCCCACCCAUUGCUGCUCUUCCUAACAUGUCUUCCAUGCCCCCUAUGCCAACUAUGCCCACAAUCCCAGUUCCUCCUCCUGUGUCUACCCUCCCUCCUGUCCCUUCUGUUACUCCACUACCCCAAGGACCUCCAAUACCYCCCAUGUCUCAUCUUCCUCAUAUGUCCGCUUUACCUCCCUUUAAUCCCUCCCUUCCUCCACCAACAGGACUGGGCUCAGGCCUCCCUCUUGGGGCCCCCAACCCUAUGCUGUUUAACCCUCUUACUCCUCUGGCCUCACUUGGACUUCAGGCUCAUAUGAAAGUUGCCGCUGCAGGAGCCCCUGGGGUUGGAGGACCCAAUCCUGAUGAUUUGUAUGUUCUCCUGCAAAAUCUUCAUUAUUCCUGCUCAGAGAUGGAAGUCAGGGAUUUUUUUCGGGGUCUUGGUGUGGAAGGGGUUCGCCUACAGAGGGAUGGGCAGGGUCGUCCAAAUGGCAGGGCUGUGGUAAAGUUUUUUUCACCCCAUGACAGCUUUGAGGCUUUGAAGCUGGGGGGUGGCAUGAUGGGCCAAAGAUUCAUUGAGAUCUGCCCAGGCUCUGAACAGCAGUGGGUCAGCUGUAGCGACAGCGGGAUAGGCCUGGCUCUUCACAUGGGUAACAAAUCAAGUAACAGCAAUGAGUCACAGGAUCAGCAGCACCGUCGUGGAAAUCCUGGGACAGGAGGCAGAGAUCGAGACAGAUCGCCUCACAGGCAGGAGUUCUGUGUCUACCUGAAGGGUCUCCCAUAUGAAGCCAACAAAAGACAGAUUAGGGAGUUCUUUAAGAAUUUGGUCAUUGUGGAAGAUAGCAUCUACAUUGCCUAUGGUCCAAAUGGACGUGCUACAGGAGAGGGAUUCCUUGAGUUUAAAUCUGAAGAGGAAUACAAGAUUGCUCUUGCCUCCCACAUGCAGUAUAUGGGCUCUCGUUUUAUCCAGGUUCAUCCAAUCAGCCGAAAGGGAAUGCUUGAAAAGAUCGAUGCUUUCCGCAAGCGUGAAACAGUACAAGGUGACGGCAAGGGCCAAGAUGGCUUGAAAGCUCCUAGAAAUUGUGCCCAUAUUUCCAAUAUCCCUUACAGCAUCUCCAAGAAGGAUGUCCGUGCCUUCCUUGAAGGUGUAGGAAUCUAUGAAGACACCUUGAAAGUCCUGACAGAUAGCCAUGGAAAUGGUUUAGGCCAAGCCAUCUUCCAGUUGCGAAGUGAAGAAGAUGCCCGCAAAGCUGAACGGCUGCAUCGACAAAAGCUCAAUGGUCGGGAUGCCUUUGUCCAUUUGGUAACUUUUGAUCAGAUGAAGGAAAUUGAGAGAAAUCCGCCGCCUCAAAACAAAAGGGCCCAACGCAUCCAUAGCCAGCAUAAUCAGAACCAAAACCACAGUCAACACCAGCCAGCACAGCCCAGUCCCCAGCCGCCCCAGAUAAACCCUUUUUCUGGGAUUAGCGGUGACGAGUUUAAUUUCCUUAGAAACACCAUGGGGAACCUCAGCAGUGGCCCAUUUGUAGCUCCAUUCUCGGCCCCAGGAAAUGGACUGGSAGGCCCGCCUCCUCUCCCUCCAAUGCCUGCCAGGCUAGGGGAAGUGAAUUUAGGUGUCACCCCUCCACUAGUUUCAGGAAUUCCCGGAGCGCCUAUCUUAGAGCCACCCGGCUUUCGCCCUGGAGCUGCCGGAGGGCCUCCAUUUGGCCAAGAUGGUCUUAGAGGCAUUGCACCUUUUGACAACGCCAACAGAAAAGGAAGUACAGGAGGACAAAACCGAGGAGGAGGGCCCAACAACAACAACAACCAUGGCCGCCCAACUGGAGGAGAGCAGGGGUUCGCUCCAGGCGCCGAAGGCCUUUGCAGCCAGCCAGUUCCAGGAGGAUCCAGCAAUCCCAACAAUCAACACUGCCCUGCCGGCCCAACAGUUGUAAAAAUUCAGAACAUGCCGUUCACCGUUACCGUGGAUGAGAUCAUGGACUUUUUCUAUGGCUAUCAGGUGUUGCCAGGCUCGGUCUGCUUGCAGUUCAGUGAGAAAGGUUUGCCAACUGGUGAGGCCAUGGUGGCUUUCCAGAACCACGAGGAGGCCACCGCUGCAGUCAUGGAACUGAAUGACAGACCUAUUGGUUCACGAAAGGUCAAGAUAAGCCUAGGAUAGGGCUCCACCUAAAGCAAAGUGACUGUAUAAGACUUUUACAUUUGUCCAGGUGAAAUAACACCAACUACCCAGUGUUCAAAUCAGUGACUGUCAGUCAUUACCAAAACCAACCCCCUUCUUUUAUGUAAAUAUCAACAGGUAAGCCCUGUCUUUUGCAGUGUGUCUGUUAAAGACUGUAAUCUACACCAUUUUUUACCUGCAGCUGCUGACUUUGGUUGCACAAACCAAUGGACGUUGUGGUUAUGAUGGUUAUAAUGACAAUAUUGGCAGGUUUUUGGUCCUUCCCUUUCCAGUUUUCAUGACGGUGCAGCUUUUAUGUUUAUCUCAACAGUCACCUGUUUUCUUGCCAUGGUAAGCUGAUGGUUGUAAAGAGGCUCACAAACAUUGCUGCUGUACAUGCUUUAAAAUACUCUGCUGCUGUGGUUUGAAAUUCACAUGCUCUGCUGCUGYAGUAAAGCGAACAACCACAGUAUGUUGCCAUAACAAAAUGUUCAUGUUGUGAYGCUAUGGUACAAAAAAAACAUGCAUUGUUGCUACAUUAAAAUCUUUACAUCUUUUGUUGCUUUGGUAAACUGUGCAACUGUAGAGAAGUCAUCACGAUUUAUGUUGCUAUGAUGAAAUUAUGAUGAAAAGCUGUUUCAGCACGAUGGUGUUUGUGAUUUCAAGUUCUGGUGAAAUAACAUCUCCCACUCCUGUGGUGAACAUCAUACUUAAAGCUGUUGCAUUGUUGCUGUACAAAGGAUGUUGGAUGAAAAGAUGGCGGAGUCAUGUUUUCAUUUCGUUUUGGGCCUGCUGUUUUCUUCUGUCUUAUUUUUAUGAUGUUUCCUAAUUAUGCUACCCUUGAAAUCCCUCCCUUUCCCCCAUUCCCCCCACAGCACAUGCUUCGUAGGCGUUUGGACUGUAGUGUGCUCUGAUGAAGUCUUUAGUAUUUUUCUUUUAGUUGGUAGCACUGUUUGUACAUUUGAUCAUGAUUUUGAUGUUUCUGCAUUAAAUCUUGCAUUUGUUUCUAUUGUCAGUGUGAACAAAUUUGUGUGAUGGUAUAACCUUACAUGCUGUGGGGUCUCCUUUGCUUUGGCUAAUAAAAGGACAUUCCUCACCUUUAA